UAGCUCUUCUUCAACUCUACUCUCAGGGGAGACCAUUUUCAGAGAGAUAGUGAGGGAGAGAGAGGAAAAAAUGGACGUGAAAGAAGCAGGGACUUCGCUGGAUUCACUCAUCUCCGCCUUCAAGUUUCGUAAUCUUAGGAUUUUCUUAUCAUUAUGCGGAAUUUUUGCAGUGUAUCCUGCGAGUAGUGUCUCCGAUUUAUCUGCCGUCGACUCAGCACUAAGCGGAAUGGAGCUCCAGCUUCAGAAGAUCCGAACCCGGUUGCGUGAAGAAACUGAAGCCAUUCCCAAAGCUAAAAAGUUGAUAGAGGCAUCACUGCAACAACAGAAGAAGCUGCAAACACUUGCAGCUAAUAUGCCAUUGAAUUUGUCUGGAAGAAUGACUUACACUACACAAGAUACAAUUAAGUGUGUCCAACCUGAACCUUGUAAAGGUGACUUGAGUUUUGAGUCUCUGAAAGUUGAGGAGCCUGCACCCAGAGAGAAAAAGGGCCGUGCCUCGCCACCUCUGUGGUACCUAAGUGCUGAUGAUCUGAAUUCCUGUCCAGCGUACAUGAGAGGGAGGCUCACUCUUGAUAAGGUCAAUGCAGCAAUUAAUGACAUGGCGAUGUAUGCUGAAGCAAAUUCCCAGCUCAUAACAGCCCCUAGAAAGAAGUUGACAGAGAAUAUCAUCGAGAGAGCAAUGGAACUAAGAGAGAUUGCAGCAACAGAAGCAGUUAAGGGGAAACAUUUCUUUCUUGAGUCUGACAUUAAAGGCCCUUCACUGAAGCUCGACAAUACAGGAAAAGCAAUAUUGACUGUCCUUAGACACACUGGUCGUAUUGGUGAAACUCGAAUUUCCCAUCACCGCGUAUUCCUUCUUGUAAGGCCUCAAUAAAGUUGCUAAAACUAUGCUUCUGUGGACAGUACUUGGCAUGAUGAUAUACAUCUUGAACAGUCACUUGUGUAAUGAUACAAGUUCCAGCUAGUGCAACUUGAUGUAAUGGAACCCUUGACAAAAAGAA